AUGGCACCACGACGAUUUUCAACGGAACCCGUAGACGCGAGCCCUUUGGGCGAGCCUCUCAAUUUUGAGUUUAGCGGUAAAACCGCAAAGAACCGUUUUAUGAAGGCUGCUAUGACCGAACGUCUCUCAUCAUGGGAUCCCAAGGUCCUCGAGAAGCGAGGCGUUCCUUCACCAGAGCUCAUCAACGUUUACCGACGCUGGGGCGAGGGAGACUAUGGAGUCAUCCUGACUGGAAACGUCAUGAUCGAGUAUGACCAUCUCGAGGCUGCCGGUAACCCUAUUGUCCCUCGAGAUGCUCCCACUUCUGGCGAGCGAUUCGACGCCUUCAAGGAAAUGGCUACCGUGGGCAAGAAACACGGAAGCUUGAUGAUUGCCCAGGUCAGCCAUCCUGGACGCCAGGUUGCCGACAACAUUCAGAAGCACCCAAUCUCUGCCAGCGACGUCCAGCUCGAGGGUGAUGUGAUGGGAAUGCACUUCGCUAAGCCCAAGGCCAUGGACGAGCAGGAUUUCAAGAAUGUCAUUGAAGGUUUUGCUCAUGCUGCCGAGUUCCUACACAAGGCUGGUUACGAUGGAAUGCAAUUGCAUGGCGCACACGGUUAUCUCCUAGCUCAAUUCUUGUCGCCAACAACAAACAAGAGAACUGACAAGUACGGUGGCUCACUUGAGAACCGUGCUCGCAUCAUCUUCGAGAUUGCAGAUGCCAUUCGCGCCCGUGUUCCUAAGUCCUUCGGCUUGUCCAUCAAGGUUAACAGUGUUGAGUUCCAAGAUGGUGGCUUUUCCACCGACGACUGCAAGCUGCUUUGCCAACAACUCGAGGCCCACAGCUUCGACUUCGUCGAGCUCUCUGGUGGCACAUACCAGAGCCUUGCCUUCGCUCACAAACGUGAGAGCACCAAGAAGCGAGAGGCAUUCUUCCUGGACUUUGCUGAGAAGAUCAUUCCCGAGCUCACCAAGACCAAGGCUUAUGUCACUGGUGGUUUGAGAACAGUCAGCGCCAUGCUCGAGGCUCUCAAGACUGUGCACGGUAUCGGACUGGCGCGACCAACAACCAAUGAGUUUGACCUACCGGCCAAGAUCCUCAAGGGUGAGGCGAACAGUGCGAUCGAUACCCUCCUCGAUGAGCAAGACUUUGGCAUCACAAAUGUUGCAGCCGGAACACAAAUCCGACUGGUCGGAAAGGACAAGCAGCCUCUUGACCUGAGCCGUGAAGAGCAUAAGAAGAUCUUCGAGGAGUCAAUGCAGAAGUGGGGUGAGGGUAUGGCAAACAACGAUGAUCAGUCCAAAUACGGUUAUGUUGAUAUUGGGGGAACAAAGCUGGAACCAUUUGGCGCGGCUUAUGCCUCGUAA